AUGUACCAUCAAGCCCCGCCCACACUGGUGCAGCUGGCAGCUCGGAGCCUGCUGAGGAACCAGGCCUUGGCCAUCUCGGCUCUGGAGGACCUGCCUGUGGAGCUCUUCCCGCCACUGUUCAAGGAGGCCUUUGCCAAGAGAUGCACAGAGGUGCUGAAGGCCCUGGUGCAGGCCUGGCCCUUCCCCUGCCUCCCCCUGGGGGCGCUGAUGGAGGCCUCAGACUUGGAGGCCUUGCAGGUUGCCUUGGAUGGGCUGGACAUGCUGCUUGCCCUGAAGGUUUGGUCCCGACGAUGGAAACUACAGGUGCUGGAUUUGAGGAACCUCCAUCACAACUUCUGGAAGGUUUGGGCUGGAAACGAGCUCUACGUCUAUCCUGAACAGGCCCAGACUAAGUGGCAGAAGAGGUCAGCACAGGAGAAUGAGGCAGGGGUGGAGGCAGAGCCAGAGCCGCCCUUGAAGGUGUUGGUGGACCUGAGCCUCAGGGAGGAAACCCUGGACCCAUUCUUUGCCUGCCUCCUCCUGUGGGUGGAGCAGAGAAAGACUUCAGUGCAGCUGAGCUGUAAGAAGUUGAAGAUCAUCACCCCGCACAUACACAGCAUUAAGAAGAUUCUGGAACAGUUGCAGCUGGGCUGUGUUGAGGAAGUGGAAGUGAACUGCAACUGGACCCUACCCAACUUGGCUACUUUUGCUACUUACCUGGGCAGGAUGGGGAAUCUUCGCAGCCUCCUCCUCUCCCACGUCCACCAGGCUUCCUCCAUUGCCCCAGAGGAGCAGGAGCGGCUGGUCUUACAGUUCACCUCUCAGUUUGCCCAGCUGGCCUGCCUCCAGGAGCUGUCCAUCAACACUGUCUGCUUCCUGGAAGGCCGCCUGCACCAGGUGCUCGGGUGCCUGAGGACCCCCUUGGAGUCCCUCUCAAUAACUGACUCUCGGCUUUCAGAAUCAGACCUGACAUGUCUGUCCCAGAGCCCGAGCGUCCGGCAGCUGAGUGGCCUGAAUCUGAGCGGUGUGAGGAUGACUGGCUUCAGCCCCGAGCCUCUCCGAGUUCUGCUGGAGAGCGUGGCCGCCACCGUGAAGACCCUGGACCUGGAGGACUGCGGGAUCCACGACGCCCAGCUCACUGCCAUCCUGCCUGCCCUGAGCCGCUGCUCCAGCCUCACCACCUUCAACUACCUGAGGAACCCCAUGUCCAUGGCCGCCCUGGAGUCCCUGCUGGUGCACACCGUGCGCCUGAGCCACUUAAGCCUGGAGAUGUAUUCCACUCCGCUGGAGGCCUACGGCCCCCAGGGCUCCCUGCACCAGUGGAGACUCAACCAGCUUCGUGAUGAGCUGAUGACGACGGUGGAGCCAUGUCCCCUGUUCACCGAGACCCUGAGCGGGCUGGCGAGCCUGCUGGGCCAGGCGCAUGCCCGGGACCUCAAUGUUACCCCACACAAGGCCAGUGUAGCCACCCCUCCCCCGCCCCCCACGGCUUCGUCCAUCAUGGUGCCCGCCUGGGCAUGCCCAGCCUGCCCCAAGCGCCUCAUGGCACAGUACGGUCAGCUGCCAUCCUGGACAUCCUGGUUCUACCUACAACCAUACCCGGGGCCACAAGGCUACGUACGAUUCCUGGUUCUAGAACCCUACAGGGACAUGGAAGCCUCGGGCUCCAGUGUGGUCUGCGAGGAGCUGUGUGCCUUUUGGAGAUCCUGGAGUCUGACCUCAGGUCCCAAGGUCCUUCCUUGA